AGACGCACUCCUAGGCUCAUUCACGUAGUUCGUGAGCCGGAGGUCUGGUCCUCCUAGCACUUGCAAUGCCUUUUCUCCUCCUAUUUUGUUUUUCUUUUCUUUUAUUCUGCUUGUGAUCAGUCCUUCUUGUGAUCCCAACUUGGAUUGUUUUGUAUCCUGUUGGAUUCUCCUUUUUGUUCUAGUAAUUUAUUAUCAUCAUUAAGAAAAAAAAAGGUUGCAGGGGUUGUGUUGAAACGCGAGUCAUCAGAAAGACGGAAAAAGAAUCCGUGAUCGUAUCUAUCUAUGAUGUUGUUUUAUACUAAACUAAUGACACACCCAUGACUAUGCUAACAAGUCUAGUGUAUAAUUAAUAAAGACAAAUAUAAUUAAGCCUAGAAUGGAGAGCAAGUAGUUUGAUUUGAUACCCUAUGGACGAACGUAGCCGGUUGUUUUUGUUAAUUAUUAUUUUGUCAGUCACAUAUAAUAUAAUUAAGGAUUUCCUUUCCAUAUAUAUGCAUCCCCAUUUGGCAACGUUGGACUUGGAUGCUCCCCUCAGCCUCAGAUGAAAUGAAAUUAAGCGCGCAGAAGAUGGCUCGUGCAGAUUAGCUAGCACAUGCACACAACUGUUCAUUUUGUCGACUGCACCACCCGCGCGCUGAUCGAGUUAUGCCAGAAAUCAUGCAUGUGCCAAAUUUGGGAAAAUCAAGACGUACAUGGAUAUCCAUUACCAUUUUUUUAGGGUAUGAUAUUAUAUUAUCACAUUCUUUGUGAAAAUAUGACCAAUCCUACCUAGCUAGGUGUCGAGUAUGCAAAUUAAAGGCAGAUGUAACCUGAAGUGAACCGGGGGUGAUUAAUCAUUUAAAUUCUCAUAGUGUUACACUACAUUGUAACUCUAGAAAAUGACCCGAUCUUACUUGGAUUGUUGGAUCGGAUGAGAUUCUGUGGCAUGGCACUAUAAAGACCAGGUAGGUUUCCUAUAUAUCUAUCUAUACUAGUCGCAGGCCCGACCGGUUGGUCGGAUUCAUUUGCCAAUCACGUAAAUAGCAGUAGCAAUUUUUACGUGAGCGUUGCGUUUAUUUGGUAGUAUGUUUAGAAACAAAGGUAUCUGAAGAUAUUUAAUAUUUGGUAGCGUAAAACGAUGGCUUAGUUGCAGGUGUUGCAUUAAGAGCAAAUUAAUCUAUCAUCUUUCAAAUCAAUUUUAAUAAUUUAACAAAGUUGCAUGCAGGUGCUGAAACGUGAGUCAUCGGAAAGAAAGAAAGAAAAAAGAUACGUGCACGUAGAGGUGGCAAUUGGAUCGGAUUCGUGGAUUGGAUUGGUGGACCAUGGAUCAAAUGGAUUGGAUCCAAUGGAUUAGUGGAUUCAUGGAUUGGAUCAAAUGGAUUGGUGGAUUGAUCCAUGAAUCCAAAUGAAAUCCAAGGCUUGGACCAAAAUGUAAAAUUUGAAAAGUUUUGGUACUAAAAUGACAUAAUGAAAAAAUCUAGGUACCAAAAUGCAAUUUUCCAUGAUAUUUUUCGUAUAAAAAUAUAAAUUUUAGUUACUAAAAUGUAAAAUAUAGGUACCAAGUCGUAAUUUGUCAUUUGGAUCCAUAGAUUGAUCCAUGAAUCCACCAAUCCAAUUGGAUUUCGAUCAAAUGGAUUGGAUUAGGUGGAUAAUUUGGUGGAUGGAUUGGAUUCAUGGAUUUGGAUCUUAAUUGCCACUUCUACGUGCACGUGAGAUGGUAUCUAUUUAUGAUGUUGUUUUCCUAAACUAAUGUCGGCCGAGGCCAAAUCUAUCUCCAGAGAGAUUCGAGAAACCACAUGGACUACUAAUUUUGUUGACUGCCACCACCGGCUGACCGAUUUCUGGGUUGAUGGGUUCUCUGUGGCUGAUGCUGGAGAUGGUGUCGAUGAUGCUAAUUUCGCCUUUGAAACUGCCAACUCGGCAAUCCUUCGUCUCACCAAGGAGACGAAGGAUUCUGGAUGCUGCAGAACCAACCUAUCUCACUCUCAGGGCAGGGCAAGACAGAAGGAUGACUGAUGAUAAUGAGAUGGAACUGAAAGAAGAAUCAGCAAGGUUUGGAAUGUAAGGUAUUAUCAUAUAAUAAGGUUUGAGGAAUAUGGAACAUCUAUUAAGUGUAGUGAGUCGGUCUGUCUAUUAACAUCCAUGUAGCAAAUAGUUGGAUAAGUUUGGUACAGAUACCUUUUUUUAAUAUGGUAAAUAUGAAUUUUUCAUUAAUCAAUCUCUGUUGUUACAUCAUCGAACUUUAAUUGACCAAUCAAACAAAUCGGUGGACUAUCAAAGUCUGUUCAUCGUAAAAGUCGCGAAGGUGACAACUUGUUGUCUUCAAAGGUGUAGUAUAAAGACCCAUUUGUUGACUUUGCAGUGGGUAAGAUGAUUGGUCUUCUGGCGAUUGAUAUCUUGAAUGAAUUAAGGUACACAUA